CACGCGCACACCUUUCUCUCUCUCUCUCUCCUGUUUCCAACCUCGUUCCACACUUAGCCUGAAUGAAGUUUGGGCAUCAACUCAAAACUUCCCUUUACCCAGAGUGGACUUUCCACUACGUUGCUUAUGACGAUCUCAAGACAUUCUUGAAAGUUCACCUCAAGUCUGAAUGGAACGAGGACGACGAGUCCCAGUUUGUAGAAGAGCUCGAGAAAGAACUUGACAAGGUUUACAGUUUCCAAAGGGUUAAGAUCGGCGAGAUAAAUAGAAGAAUUGAAGCCGAGUCGCAAGAAGUCGAUACUUUAUGCACAAAGGAAGAUCCAUCAGACGACGAGUUCACCACCUCGGAAAUUGAACUCGGACACAUUAUUGCAGAUGUUCAUGAUUUGGCAAAGUUCACGAGACUCAACUACACUGGGUUUCUUAAAAUCAUCAAGAAGCACGACAAAAUGACUGGCUGGUCGCUAAAACCGAUGUUCAUGGUCCGCUUGAACGCAAAACCUUUCUAUAAGGAAAAUUACGAUGCCUUGAUCGUACGUAUCUCUACUCUGUAUGACAGAGUCCGUAAUCGUGGUAAAGCUCACAGAGGUGAUUCCUCUGCUGGAGGAAAGCAAGCUGCCUUUGUUCGAAACACCACAAAAUACUGGGUUCACCCCGAUAAUAUUACCGAAUUGAAACUCAUCAUCUUGAAGCAUCUUCCUGUCCUGGUCUUUAACCCCAACAAAGAAUUUGAAGUUGCCGAUUCAGCCAUCACUAGUAUCUAUUAUGACAAUGAUGAUUUCGAUCUUUACAUGGGUCGUUUGGAAAAAUCUGAAGGUGCCGAAGCCAUCCGUAUGCGCUGGUAUGGUGGUAUGGACAGCCAGACAAUCUUUGUUGAGCGCAAAACUCAUCGUGAAGAUUGGACUGGUGAGAAGUCUGUCAAGGCUCGUUUCCCUAUCAAGGAAAAGCAUUUGAAUGCUUAUCUCAAAGGACAAUAUACCACGGAUGAACUGUUUGCAAAGGCAAGAGAACAGGGCAAGAAGUCAGAGAAGGAAAUCAGAGAUUUGGAACAGUUGGCGCAAGAGGUUCAAUAUACCACCUUGACUAAGCGUCUCCACCCUGUCAUGCGCUCCUUCUACAACCGUACUGCUUUCCAGCUUCCUGGAGACGCCCGUGUUCGUAUCAGUUUGGACACUGAACUUUCUUUGAUUCGUGAAGACAACUAUGGCACUCCUAGAUCCGGUGAUAACUGGAGAAGAAUGGAUAUUGGCAUUGAUUAUCCUUUCAAGCAAUUACCCGAGAGUGACAUCUGCCGUUUCCCUUACGCUAUUCUUGAAGUUAAGCUUCAGACCCACGUUGGUCAAGAACCUCCUCAAUGGGUUACUGAGCUCAUCAACUCUCACCUGGUCGAAGCCGUCCCAAAAUUCUCCAAAUUCAUUCACGGUUGCGCUACCUUGAUUGAGGAUCGUGCCAAGAUGCUUCCAUUCUGGUUGCCUCAGAUGGAUGUCGAUAUCCGCAAGCCUCCGAACAAGUCAUUUGGUUUGAUUCGUCCCGAUGAACCCGGUGGUAGCUCUGUCUCAGCUUUGACUUAUGGCUCGGAUGGCUCCAAGACCUCUGGCGACGAAAGGGAAAAUGAUCACGUACAAAUCAACAUUGGUCAGGACUCCACUGAACGCACUCCCCUUAUCCAGCGUGUCAACAGAGAUGCUAUACCCGUUGAGCAAGGUGGUGUCACCAAACAACUGUCCCCUGCUGGACUUCUCAAGUUCAUCAAGAAGGGCAAGCAUACUUUGUUUGGCACUCCCAAUACACCAGAUUAUACAGAAGUUGGUGGACAACCUGGUGAUAAUAGCCAACCUGUCAAGAGAGCUCCUACAGCUCAGAGACCCAACCCCAAGGUGUACUUUGCUAAUGAGCGUACCUUUUUGUCCUGGCUCAAGUUCACUCUUUUACUUGGCGCCCUUGCUAUUGGACUUCUCAACUUCUCCGAUGAAGUGGGUCAGAUUUCCGCCGGUGUCUUCACUAUUCUUGCUAUGACUGUCAUGCUUUACGCUCUCUAUGGCUAUCAUGACCGCGCCAAUCGCCUGCAAAGAAAGGAGUUGGGCGACUAUUCCGACAAGUACGCUCCUGCUGUUCUGACGGUGUUUAUGAUCGCUGCUGUCAGCGUUAACUUUUACUUGAGACUUGAACAAGACGCUGGCAAUUAAGCUGGUAGAACAAAUUAGUCUCUCUUUAUAGACAUUUGUACAUACGCUUUCACAAUUCCAAAUCAGUACAAUCGCAUUCGCAGUAACAAUAAAUGUGUGUAGAGUUUCUCCACGCUUUUCUUUUUCAAAA